GCUGUAUUGAUAUGUCGUUGAAGUUGCCUGUGGUAAAAAAAACUUUAGCAAGCCCACUGUUUGUGACUUGGAAGAUUGGAAAGGACAGGCGGUUACGAGGCUGUAUAGGCACUUUUAAUGCUAUGAACCUCCAUUGUGGAUUACGUGAAUAUGCAGUGACCAGCCCCAUCACCCGUGAUGAAUUCUCCAAGCUGCAUGUGUCAGUGUCCAUCUUGCGUCAUUUCGAGGAUGGUGUUGACUAUUUGGACUGGGAAGUGGGUGUCCAUGGAAUUCGGAUAGAAUUCCAUAACGAGAAGGGCAGCAAGAGAACUGCCACGUAUUUACCUGAAGUUGCUCCAGAGCAAGGCAUGUAUAUUCGGAUAAGCUGGGACCAGAUCCAGACAAUAGAUUCCUUACUGCGCAAGGGUGGAUACAAAGGUUCUGUGACACCUGAUAUUAGACGUGCCAUCAAGUUAACCCGUUACCAGAGUGAGAAGAUCUCUGUGAGUUAUCAGGAUUAUCUAAAUCAUUGGCAUACUGUGGGGCCCUCCUGGCCCCAGCAGUGGUGCAGUGGUGUGGACUGCACCACCUCAAACAAUGACUCUGCACCAUCAGACUCAGUCACAGACUCCUCCCUUAGUAUUGCCACAAGCACCGCCACCAAUGUUGCAUCCGCAGUUUCCAACGCCGUCAACGUCAUACGUGCCACAGUCGUUCAUCUUGAACCAUCACCAGCCUCCUCUUCAUCAGGUCCCUCCCCCGUCGUCUGUCGUGCACUGGUGGGACCAGACGACUCCCGGGCCCUCGACCCUGUACCACCUACCACCUUGCCAAAACAACCAGGAUGUUUCGAACGCUUCUGCCAGUUUUGGUGGACACUACACUCAUCAUCAAAAGCCCACCGCGCCCUCGAGUUGCUGGAGGACUACCACGAGAAGCUGACGAAGCCCCAGGACAAGCAGCUGCGCCUCGCCAUCGAGCGCGUCAUCCGCAUCUUCAAGUCGCGCCUCUUCCAAGCUCUGCUAGGUGAGUCUUCGCCGCCCGGCCGAAUGCAUGCG